CGUCUCGCGGGGUUGCUCGUGUUGUUUCCAGUGACGAGUCUGGAUCACUGUUAGAGUGUUGUUUAUAUUGGGCAUAUACAUAUAUAUUAUUAUUAUUUUUAUUUUAUUUAUCUUUGUCUGUCUGCGCUCUGUCGCAGUGAGUGGCUGUUCAACAUAUUUUACCCUGAGUAGGAUAGUAUUGUUCUGGGAUCAGCGAUGAACGUAACAUUUUUACCAGGAAAGAUGGGAAUGUAUCUCUAACGGUGGAAAGAAACAUUAGCCAACUAAGCGAGAAGCAGCCUGCCAAAAAAAGCCAGUCUACUUCCUGCUUCCUUAUAGCUCCAAGCUUUUCAGGUGGACAUUACUAUCUAAACAUGGGGUCAAUACUUAGUCGAAGAAUUGCUGGAGUUGAAGACAUCGACAUUCAAGCCAAUUCCGCUUACAGAUAUCCUCCCAAAUCAGGAAAUUAUUUCACCAGCCACUUUUUUAUGGGAGGCCAGAAAUUUGACACUCCCCAUCCUGAGGGAUAUCUGUUUGGAGAAAACAUGGAUUUGAAUUUUUUAGGAAACAGACCUGUUCAGUUUCCCUAUGUGACCCCUGCACCUCAAGAGCCUGUGAAGACCCUGAGGAGUCUAGUGAACAUCAGGAAAGACUCUUUACGACUCAUUAGGUACAAAGCUGAAGCUGAAAGCACUGCAGAAGAAGCUGGAAAUCCGGGGGUUUUGUACGGCGUGGAGUUUUACUUUGACACUGAUGCCAGGGUGGCAAUAACACUAUACUGCCAGGCUUUUGAGGAGUUUUCUAAUGGAGUGGCAGUUUAUACUCCAAAAACAACAGCUAUGGCAUCUGAGACAGUCUGCUAUAAGAGAGGGAUAAACCAGCAGUUUUCUCUGCCAUCUUUCAAGAUUGAUUUCACUAAAUGGAAACCAGAGGAGCUGAACUGUGACCUGGACAGAGGUGUUUUCCCUCUGGUGAUUCACGCAGUUGUGGAUGAUGGAGAUGAUGUCGUUGGACACGCUCAUGUACUUUUAGCAGCAUUUGAACGGCAUGUUGAUGGCAGUUUUUCAGUGAAGCCUUUGAAGCAGAAGCAGAUUGUUGAUCGCGUCAGCUACCUGCUCCAGGAGAUUUAUGGCAUCGAGAAUAAGAACAACCAAGAAACAAAGUCUGUAGAGGAUGAGAACAGUGACAACAGCAGUGAGUGUGUGGUGUGCCUGUCAGACCUUCGCGACACACUCAUUCUCCCCUGCAGGCACCUUUGUCUCUGCAAUGCGUGUGCUGACACACUACGUUACCAAGCCAACAACUGCCCUAUCUGCCGACUGCCCUUUAGAGCGCUGCUACAAAUCCGUGCAGUGAGGAAGAAACCUGCUGGAGUGCUCUCCUCUGUCCCCUUCAGUCCAGUGCUAUCUCAGAGCUCGGACAACACAGAGAAUUCGAACUCUGAGAACAUCCCUCCAGGCUAUGAGCCCGUGUCCCUGCUGGAGGCCCUGAAUGGCGUGCAGCCUGCAUCUCCUGCUCUGCCUUCAGCCCCCCUGUAUGAAGAGGUCCAGUACUCAGGAGAAAUGGGUGAUCCACUGACCCUCAGCAUGAAGCAGCAGAGCACCGUGGAGCUCAGUGCAGAUCCAGCAGCUCUGAAAUCCAAACUCAGCAAGUCACCAGAUGGGUCUACACGUUCCCCCACAUCUCCUAUACAGGAGGAGGAGGAUGAGGAGCAUCUGUCUGAUCUAUCUGAUGCUCAGCCUCGCCCCGUGCGGCCCUACAGUCCAGCUCCCACUGAGGCAACAGUAGAUGGGGUGGAAUCAGAUCCAGGAUCCCCUAACACAGAUUCAGAAGGCAGGUCUGUGGGGGUGUCUGUGAGUGAGAUCCUGCAGGACUGCCACAGUGCACGCAGCAGCCUGAGCCGCACUGAGAGCGAUCCCUCAGCAGACAUGGCACUGCCUGCAUCUGAGUCCUGGUCUACUGCUGUUGAGGAAUGUUCAUAACGUUCUCUUUUCAGGGUCAUCGGGGUCCAUUGAGAGCCUGAAGAGUCAGAGCACCAGCAGCUCCAUCCAACCUUUGCUUUGCCUCCCCAGCAGCCUGUGCAUCGAGGACGAGCUCCUCAGUCCCUAGCAGCACUACGCUCCUGUGUGCCUCUGCUUUAUCCUUUCUGCUACAGUCAAGAGUCUACUUCUAAGAAUAGCACAAUCACUAAUGUCUCUUGAAAGCUAUUAAGAAACACCAUUGCUCAUUUGAACGGCUCAGAUGAAUGUCCCUCUGCUCUGAACUACAGAUCUCCCAAGCAUUGACAUUCCUUUAAGGUGAAUCUUUUGUGUUUUAGUGUCUUCCAAAAAAAAAAAUCACUAAAGCAGAGGUACUCGAUUCAUAGUCUCUAAGCGGGCUGGCAAGUAUCACUGAUGUUCCCAAACUAAUGAACAAAUAUCUCACUGCUCUGACACGUCUCUGAUUGUAGUGAUGAUUUUUAUUUAUAAGACACUACUUUUUUUCUUUUUUUACAGUAAUAGUGCAAUCAUGUAUGGUCCAAUCAGUUUCUUGUAGAUCCAUUUAUUUCUUUUUUUUUCUUCAGGUUUUUUUUAUGUAUUGCUAAGUGAGUGCAAAGUCAAGUCCCUUUUUGCAAGACAUCCAUAUCCAUCUGUCUGUCAAUCUCUGCCUUUGGUCAAAGUGUUAAAAAUUGGAAACUUGAUUAAGCUUUAGUAGCUGACUUAACAUUAAUGGUCUUUUUAUUUACAUGAAGGGUCAGGAUAUAUAUUAAGACUAGUCCUAGACUAAAAUGUUUUUAACACUUGAAAAUGUGUGUUUUGAUCUCGGGCUAAGCAUAAUCUCUGACUUAUAGCCAGUCUAGUUAGUCAGAACCAUGGCUUUUUAGUAAUUCACUACUUCUACACUCUGUAGAAUGAAUAUUGUAUAUUUGUAUGUAGUUAAAUCAUUUUAUCAUAAAGUGCUGUACACAAA